AUGGCGAACAAGAAUAUGAGGUACCACCUCAUUUUCUUCAUCAUCAUUUUCUUAGAUCUGAUCAGCCUCUAUGGAAAAUCCUUAACUAUUGAGGAAAAGCGAACAACAAUAGCAUCAAAGCAAAUGGUACGUAUCGGUGUAAUUCUUGACUUGGAUUCUCCGAUUGGGAAGAUGGCUCGAAGCUACAUGUCCAUGGCACUCUCUGACUUCUAUGCUAGAAACGCCACUUAUCGAACAAAGUUGACUCUUUCUGUGAAGAACUCUAGCAAGGAUGCUGUUGCUGCAGCAUCAGCAGCUUUAGAAUUGAUGAACAACGAAGAAGUGCAAGCUAUUAUAGGGCCCCAAACCUCAAACCAAGCCAAGUUUGUGAUAAAUCUUGGGGAGAAAGCUCAAAUUCCCAUUAUUUCAUUUUCAGCUACAAGUCCUUCUCUAACUCAAACCCAAAGUCGUUUAUUCAUUAGGACAGGCCUAGAUGACAGUUCUCAGGUAAAAGCCAUCACAUCCAUUGUUAAGGCAUACGGGUGGCGCGAAGUUGUCCUAAUCUACGAAGACACCGAAUACGGCAAUGGUUUGAUUCCCUACAUAACAGAUACUUUUGAACAGAUCGAUACAAGGGUCCCUUACAGAAGUGUCAUGUCUCCGUCAUCGAGUCCCUACCAAAUUUUGAAAGAGCUUACCAAGUUAAUGGGAAUGGAGACAAGGGUAUUCUUGGUCCACAUGACUGCUUCACUUGGAUCAAAAGUCUUUGUUCAUGCAAAAGAAGCUGGCAUGAUGAGUAAAGGGUAUGCAUGGAUCACAACUGCUGAGUUAUCGACAUUAUUGCAUCCAGAGAUGGAGGAGGCAAAGGUCACUGGUUCAAUGGAAGGUGUGCUGGGUGUGAGGCCCUAUGUACCAACCUCAAAAGAUCUUGAAGAUUUCAAGCUGAGGUGGAAAAGGAGGAAAUUGCCCAAUAUUGGCAAGACAAUGCAAAGCAGUUCUGAGAUUAACCUGUUUGGUUUAUGGGCUUAUGAUACAAUCUGGGCUUUAGCUAAGGCUGUAGAAUUGGUUGGACUGGAGGUGAAUUAUUCUAGUGAUGUUUUAAAGCACAAGACUAAUAGCAAAAACACAGAUGAAAUGUUUGGCAUAACUGUCUCUAAAGCAGGUCCAAGGCUUCUCCAAGCUUUGCUGCGUACCAGUUUUCAAGGCCUAAGUGGGAAAUUCCAAUUGAUUAAUGGACACUUGCAACCUGCGCCCUAUGAAAUAAUCAAUGUGGUUCGUAAAAACGAGACAGUUAUUCGAUGUUGUUGGGCUCCAAACGAAGAAGCAUUUCAUGAUUUAGUUCAAAUUUCUAAUGCACCUAAGCCUAUCUGGCCUGGAAACACAAGUACUCCACCAAAGGGUUGGGUUAUACCUGUUACUGGAAAAAAGUUGAGGAUUGGGAUACCCGUCUCGUCUAGUUUCAAAGAUUUUGUGAACAUAGACUGGUCUCGUCAUACCAAUGAGCCUAAGAUCUCAGGGUUCUCAAUCGAUGUCUUUCGGGAGGUCUUAAAACGGAUGCCAUUUGCAGUUUUGUAUGAAUUUAUUCCGUACAUGAAUAGUUCAACAAAAGAAGCUGCUGGGACUUAUGAUGAGCUUCUUUACCAGAUUAAGCUGAAGAAAUUUGAUGCUGUAGUGGGAGAUACAACAAUUGUUGGAAAUAGGACGUCCUACGUUGAUUUUACGUUACCUUAUUUUGAAUCUAGCGUUUGGAUGGUGGUGAAAGUUAAAGAUAACGAAAGAAAGAAUAUUUGGAUUUUCCUAAAGCCUCUGAGUUGGGAUCUUUGGUUGACAUCUGCCGGCGCCUUCAUCUUUACAGGCAUUGUAGUAUGGAUUCUUGAACAUCGCAUAAACACAGAAUUUGGAGAUGGUUCACGAAAGCAACAACUUGCCACAACUCUUUGGUUCUCGUUUUCCACUCUUGUAUUUGCACAUAAGGAGAAGGUGGUGAGCAACUGGACCAGAUUUGUGCUGAUCAUAUGGAUUUUUGUGGUACUCAUCUUGACACAGAGUUACACUGCUAGCUUGGCCUCAUUGUUGACUGUAGAUAAGUUGCAGCCAGCAGUUGAUGAUGUGAAUGCGCUCAGACAAACUGGUGCUUAUGUUGGAUACGAAAAGAAUUCCUUUGUAAAAGAUCUUUUAAUAAGCCAGUUAAAUUUUGAGAAGAAAAAGCUGAAGGCGUAUUCUUCCCCAGAGGAAUUUCAUCACGCACUGUCCAAUGGAAGCAAAAAUGGAGGGGUUGAUGCUAUCUUUGAUGAAAGUCCCUACGUAAAGCUCUUCCUCUCCAAGUACUGCUCAAGAUACAUUGUGGUUGGACCAACCUACAGGACUGAUGGAUUUGGCUUUGCCUUCCCUCUAGGGUCCCCUCUUGUUGCUUACAUUUCAAGGGCAAUCUUGAAUGUGACUCAAAAUUAUAGGAUAAUGGAUGCAAUGCAACAUAAGUAUUUUCCAUAUGAAACCAAAUGUCAGGACCCAAGCUCCACAUUCUCUUUCGACAAUCGCAGUCUAAAUGUGUACAGCUUCGGAGGCCUCUUCAUCAUCACUGGAGUGAUUUCAAUUUCUUCAUGCUUGAUAUAUAUGGUUCAUUUCCUCUACAACCACUGGCCUGCUUUGAGUUCCCUCCAUCCAGAAGCCUCUGCCUUGUCAAAGAUAGCAAAACAUAUCACUUUCAACCGAAAAGAUAGCUCUGUGCUUGCUAUAGAGCAAACCAAUCAAGCAACUCAUGUAAAUUCUGUUUCUGUAACAGAGGCUAGAGGAGACGAUGCUUCACCUUAUGAUAGGAACAACUUGCUGAGCCAUGCAGUGUCUUUUGAUCAAGGAAUAUCAGACAAUAAAUGCCAACUACAGAACACAGUUGACUCUUCUGUGAAGAACUCUAGCGACGAUAUUGUUGCUGCAGCAUCAGCAGCUUUAGACCUGAUAAAGAAUGAAGAAGUGCAAGCUAUUAUAGGGCCCCAAACGUUAACCCAAGCCAAGUUUGUGAUAAAUCUUGGACAGAGCGCUCAAAUUCCCGUUCUUUCAUUUUCAGCUACAAGCCCCUCACUAUCUUCAACCCAAAACCGUUUCUUCAUUCGGACAGCUUUGGAUGAUUGUUCUCAAGUGAAAGCCAUCACAUCCAUUGUUGAACCAUAUGGAUGGCGUGAAGUUGUGGUAAUCUACGAAGACACCGAAUAG